AUGAAAGGUAAAUCUGAUGUUGCACUCCAAACUGACGAGGCGCUGUCAUUGCCUUUGAAAGGCUCCGUCGUGCUGUUUUCGCUGUACGUCUCCUUGCGCUUUAUUCCGAAGGAAUACUUCAACAUCUUGAUUUCCUUCUAUCUUAGCUCGAUUAGCGUCUUUGCUCUUCACAUGUUCUUAAAAGGGUACGUCAAGCCCAACAUUCUCACUGGAAUGAUCUGCGUGGGAACCGGGUGCGCCAGCUUUUUUGCUCAAAACUGGAUUGCAAGCAACACGCUGGCCUUUUCGAUUGCCGUCACCACUCUUGAAUGGCUUCCUGUGAAUGGGUUCACGACUUCCUUCAUUCUGCUGAUUGGUCUCUUCUUCUACGACAUCUUCUGGGUAUUUGGGUCGGACGUCAUGUUAAUUGUGGCAACCGGCAUUGAUGGACCAAUCAAACUCGUGUUUCCUCAGACGAUCUUUGGGGACUACUCCAAGAAGAGCCUUCUGGGACUCGGUGACAUCAUUGUGCCUGGGUUUUUUAUAUGUCAAACUCUGGUGUUCUCAAAGGAUUAUGUGAAGAGGGGGAAUGUGUACUUUGUCACGUCGAUUGUUGCAUACACCCUGAGUCUUGUGAACACUAUGGCUGUCAUGCUGAUCUUCGAACACGGCCAGCCGGCGCUCCUCUUCAUCGUACCAUGGCUUCUCGUCACAUUCUCCGCUGUCGCCAUGUAUAACGGGGAUGUCAGGGCAGCAUGGAACUUUGAUAUUCUUAAUGUCUUCACGACCUCUUCAGAGAAACCGGCGGAAGGUGAUCCGUGUGCAGAGGAAGAGGUAUCCCUCUCCAAGUUUCUCUGCGAGGCUGUUUCAGAUCUUUUCGGAUUCGUGGAGGAAGGGGCGGAGGAGAGAAAAGCGGUGGCGGAGUUGAAGAAGAAGGCGUAA